AUGUCUCCGGGGUUCCAGGCCUUGAGAGGCGCGGCGUCCCGGAGUGCCUGGGGCGCAGCGCCGUCUCCCUUCGCUGAUCAGCCGGACGCGCGCGAGACAGAAAGCAAACCGAGUUUUGUCGCUUCCGCUUUUCAGCCGAGGUCGUCUCAGACUUCUUCUGGCGCCGAGCCUUUUCUAGGGCGCUUGAAAGAGGAACUUCCCGCGGUCUCUGCGGGCGCGGGUUCCACUGAGAACCCGAGUCUCGUCGAGAGCGAGGAUCCACCACCUGUGGAGAAUGUCGCCUCCACAAACGCGCCUUCGUCUGAGCCUUUGUCUUUGCAAGUUGCUUCGUCAUCGCGUCCGGGAUCAGUUCUUCUUUCGCGCUUCGGGAUGCCGAGCAGUGGGCGUCUCCUGCCGGGCGUGCGGCUCCUCUCGUAUGACCCCACCGUGGAAGGCCGAGUUGAGGCUUUCCUCGCGGAGUGCUGCGACGCAAGUCGCCAAACGAGUGACGCGUCGAAACGCGAAACCGCUCCCACCCUUCCGGCUUGCUCAGCGGGUUCCCCUGCCUCUUUUGCUUCUGCCGCUUCCGGUUCCUCUGCGGCGAACCCUUCUGCCGCCGGGGGCGGGAAGUCGCGCGACUCUCGCCAGGACUUGGUGGUCUCGAUGAGUGCGGGACACCUAGUGGGAAAGUACACAGGCUGGAAGGUGAAUUUGCCGGUGGCCUUGGAGACGAUGUUGGAAGAGCACGUGGCGCUGGAUGUGAUGUUCGAGACGUGGGAGUUGAGCGGUUCGCGCGGAGGCUUUGCGGGCGAGACGGAAGAGGAGCGGGGGGAGCUGCGAGACGCGCAGCAGAGAAACGUUCUCCAGCGCCUCCUGCAACGCCUUCUGCAGGCCAAGCGCCAAGCCUACGAGCUACGCCCCUCCCGCCGACAGUACCUCAUCGUGGACCGCCUCAAAAGCGACGCGGGCGACUCGACAGACGACGCGACAGACGCCGCGCGCCUGCGACCUCACCACGUCCUGCGCGGCGAGGAAGACGCAGAGGAAUGCUUAGGCGUAGGUCGGGUUCUCAGGUAUCGCCUCGCCUCGGACUCCGAUUCGGAAGACGCAGGCGAAGGGGUUGGAGAGAAAACGCAUGGCGACCGAAAGGGGAAGAAGCCGGCAGAGAGCGAGGAGCAGAGUGUAGAAAGGAAGGGAGACAGCGAGAACACAACGGCUGGGGCCCGAACGCCGGGAGGCUGUGGAUCUCUGCAAGACAACGCGGCCGUGAAGGAAGGACCGACCGCGAGGGGGACGGCAACGGAUCUGGGCACGGAGGGAGAAGGCGCUGCGAGGCGUGCGACGUCGGAGACGACAGGACUCAAGCGGCGGCGAAAGGAGACGCGAAUCGAGGUCGUGGAGAGGAUUCCCCUCGGCACCCGUCUGAUUUACCGACCGAGAAGCGACAAUCACAUCCGGCUAACAGCGGAGUCGGAGAUCGCGACCGUCUGGACCGUCGCGGGCGGGCCGAGCCCGCGGAAAGUCCGGAGUCUCGAGUCACCUCCGAAAGAAGAGCCUUCGGCGGGAGGCUCAGUGCCCAGGCCUCAAACGGACUCAACGCGCGAUUCCGCUGCUGGCGAGGAGAGCGGCGCGUCUGGAGAAAAGACAGCGCGUCAGGACGAGGUGGUUCAGCGGUCGUGGCUGACGCAGGACGUCUGGGACUUGUGUCCGCUCGGGUGUCCAGGGAGUCCGGGAACGCACCGACCGCGUUGGAGACUGAUUGUCACAGAAGAAGGCGAAGUGGCGGACUGCAUGACUCCCGCGGCGACGCUGCUGCUGCAGGGGGGAGGACACCCGGGCGGAACGCGAGAGCGCCGUUUCUUCGACGCCUUUCCCCAGCGUCGACGCGGAUCCCCUGGAGGCGAAAAGCCGUCGCUCGAGGAGCCGGACGUCGCAGACGGCCACGUCGCUGACGAUGUUGACCGCUACGAGGAGACCAAGAAGGUGUAUGUGCACCUGGAAGUGUGUGGCGGCGAGCUGCAGAGACAGCUGGAACGGCGGAAGAGGGGACAGAAAAACGUGUUUGGCGCUCUCGCCCUUCUUGUCCUGGAAAACGCGCAUGUCCUGGCGAGAUGGCUCGAUGAACUCAAUGGCGACUUCGGCGUCGGGGGCGUCGGCGGUCCUUUCUACUUCCCGAACCACAUGGGCGAUGUUGUGCAAGCUGUACAGAAACACUACAACCAAAGGAAACUUGUCAGUGCGGGGCAAUCCAGAAUCGGAGGACUUCGUAUCCAUAACAACCAAGUGAAGCGCCUGUUGAUCAACAAGUACGUUUCGAUGGGGCAGACGGUCUUGGAGCUGGCCUGCGGCCACGGACAAGACUUGUGGAAGUACGCGGAUCGGUGCAUCGGGAAGUUCGUGGGGGUGGAUUUGUCGGUGGCCGAGAUUCGGGAGGCGCGGCGGCGCGUCCGGGAAGGCCAGCAGGCCCGAGCCCUGCUUCAGCAGAUGCUGCAUCCGCCGACGUUCCACGUGGGGAACUUGGUCGACCGGAAGGCGCUCGGCUUCCUGAGAGCGGAGGAGUUCGACAUCGUCUCGAUUCAGCUGGCGAUUCACUACAUGGUGCAGACGGAGCAGCAGGCGCGCGACGUGCUGGGCCGAGCUGCUGCGCACUUGAAGGAGGGCGGGAUGGUUCUCGGCAGCACAGUCUGUUGCAGCGCCCUGGCCGAUCACCUCGUCGAGCUCGCCUUCGUGCCGGAAGAAGAGACAGCCGACGAGGCGCCUUUCGCGGCCGAACAGGCGCGACGGAGCGGGCACGACCCGCCAAAGACGAAAGAAAAGUGCGAAUUCGGAAACGAAGUGUACAGCGUCACAUUCGACAUCGACACGAUCGACCGCCUGCUGCAGGGAGCUCCUGGGCUCGGCCCCAACGGGCUGGCGAUCCGAAAAGAAAAGGCCAAAGCGGCAAGCGUCUCUGAUCCGUCCUCGUGGAAGCAGUAUCUGUUUGCGGAUCUCUCCGUGGAGGCGCGCGCGGCAGUGGGGGAGCAUCUGCGCAGGCGCCUGGCCACCGAGUUCGGGAUCGACUAUCACUUUUUUCUGUCGGAGGCGAUCGACGCCAAGGAGUUCGUCUUGCCCUGGCGCAGCUUCUGCGCCGUGGCUGCCUCGGUGGGUCUGAAGCUCGUGUUGAGCAUGACGUUUCCAGAGUUUCUGUCAGCGGCGACUCAAGACCCGAAGUCCGAGCGCGAUCUGAAGCGGUGGCUCGAGCGGCUGAACGCGACCAGUCGGCUCGACAAACCUCAGUUUGAAGCCUUCGCACUCUACAAGGUUUUCGCCUUCAAAAAGGCGACCUCAACUCAGGACAGAGACACCGAAACGCUCUCCAGCGCCCCAGCCGCUCCCGUCUCGCCUCAAACGGCACAGCUCAUUUCUCGCAGUUCCCCCCUGCCCCAGAGAGAUCACCUUGGAGCUUCGGGGAGCGCAGAGCAGACGGCAGAGAAGGGGAAGGUGCACGUACACCCGAGUGAACAGCCAGAUGAAAUCUCCAUUCUGUCGUCCACAGGGGAACACACAACGGAGCGGGGCGAAGCCCCGCCUUCAGACAGAAGCGCCUUCCUGGAGGGUGUGCCGCUCAAGCGAAAGAGGCCGAAACGCAUGCAAACGGCUGCGAUCCAGGACGCCUGA